CCCGAGCCGGGCCGGGCCGGGCCGGGCCCUGCCUUCCUCCUCCUCCUCCUCCUCCUCCGCCCCUCGCCCCGGCUGCCGGAGGACGCUGCGCAGGGAGCGGGCGGGUCGGCGGCGCUCGCUGCCAUGGAGGCCCGCUACAACCUCAAGAGCCCGGCUGUCAAACGUUUAAUGAAAGAGGCUGCAGAACUGAAGGAUCCUACAGAUCAUUAUCAUGCACAGCCUUUGGAGGAUAAUCUUUUUGAAUGGCACUUCACUGUUAGAGGCCCUCCAGAUUCAGAUUUUGAUGGAGGGAUUUAUCACGGGCGAAUAGUGCUACCACCUGAAUAUCCCAUGAAACCACCCAGCAUUAUUCUGCUGACAGCCAAUGGCAGGUUUGAAGUGGGAAAGAAAAUCUGCUUAAGCAUCUCAGGACAUCAUCCUGAAACAUGGCAGCCUUCAUGGAGUAUAAGAACAGCUUUACUAGCCAUUAUUGGAUUUAUGCCAACGAAAGGUGAAGGAGCAAUAGGAUCUCUGGAUUAUACACCAGAAGAAAGAAGAGCUCUUGCAAAGAAGUCACAAGACUUCUGUUGUGAAAUGUGUGGCACAUCUAUGAAGACAGCCCUCCUACCACUAACAUCUGGAAGCGUGUCAAGCCAGGCAGACAAGGAGGCUAAAGAGCUUGCCAGACAAAUUAGCUUCAAGGCAGAAGUCAAUUCAUCCAGCAAGUCUGAUGCUGGACCCUCAAACACGUCAGGAUUGAGCCCCUCUGCUGCUUCCCGUGAGCCCCAGCAGGACGGCGCCGCGACAGCGUUCCAGGAUCCCGCAAGGGCAGCGUCAGAAGCUCAGCAGAGCAGUGCAGCAGGCAGCCAGGAGCACGCUCCACCUGUGCCCACCAGCAGCUCCAUGAGCCCUCGGCAGCGCCGUGCCCAGCAGCAGAGCCAGAGACGGGCUCCGACUUCAAAUGACUUUAAUCGGGUACAGCAGCCAAGAGUCAACAUGAACCACACUGGAUCAACUCUUCUGAUUGUCCUGCUGACUUUUGCAUUGGCAGCUCUUAUAUUUCGUAGAAUAUGUUUGGCUAAUGAGUAUAUAUUUGAGUUAUAAGGUUGUUUCUGUCUUAGCAGUGACGGGAAUGCUUCGUUGAACAUUCUGUAUUGGGUAUGACGUGAGAACUGUUUACAAAGGUUACUUUUUGUAUUUACACUUAAAUCCUUAUGAAUGUUAAUGUACCUACAGAUACAUUACUUUAAGAAGUGCAGAGUUGGACGUUUAACUGCAACAAGUGUUAGUUGAGUGCCCUCUAGACACUUGGAAAAACAGUGCAGUGGAAAGGUAGCAUUCAGGCAUGGAGGAGGGGAGACCAUUUGAGUAAUUUGUCAACUAGAAAAAGGCAGUUUUUAAAAAGUGGUUGAUUCACUUUUUCAUGGAACGUAAAUGCAAUUACUUGCCCAAUUUAAGUUAGUAUAGUAUUUGAAAAUGGAGAAGGAGUUGUCAAAUGAAACACUACUAUGUGUUUGUGUCCAGUGAACUGUUCAUUUAGAAGCGAUACAGUUUUAUAACCACUUUUAUUUACCAUGACACAUUUCUAGAGGAGGAGCACAUACAAAUUGGUUGUGAUGCUGCUUUGUGUGUGUGAUAGGGGGAAAUGAGUGGAGGAUGAAAGGAGGGGCCAGGAAACUAGUUGCAUUAUUUUGAUUAUUAUUUUUUUUUUGAAGAAAGAUUGGAUAAUCUUUUGCAAGAUUUGAAUGUCAUCUUCUCAUACUUUCAAUUGUGUAUCUUGUUUUUAUUUGUGGGGUUUUUUUUAAUUUGAAGAUUAUAUAAAACAUGUCUAUUCUUGCAAUAGUUAUAAAUAUGUAAUAUAAUUAUUUACCCAGAGCUAUUGUCUUUUAAUUAUACCAGAAAUAUACAUAAUGUGUUAAAAUGAAUGUUUCAUAAGUGGUUUUAUUUACUAAAGAAAAUUUAAACCUUAUUAUACUUAAACUCAUAUAUAUGAACAUGCUUAAGAGAAUUAUUUAUUAAAACCUGGGCAGUAAUAAAGAAUUUCAAGCUAGUCUUAGGUUAUGUUUCAAGUUUCACAUGGCCUUUUAUUUGUUGUUUUUUGGGUUUUUUCGUUCUAGUUUUUUAGAACCUAAAAUCAAUGUUUGACCCACAGGUUUUCUGCAUUAUUAAUUUAUUUUAAAAAUACAUAGUUGGUCAUUAAUGAAUGCUGUGAAAUCACAUAUGCAGGCAAUAGACCUACAAUUGUUAGGUUUUUGAGAGAUUUUAUCUUGGAUGUUUAAGCAUUGCAGUGAAGUAGAAGAGCAGUCAGUUGAAUAAUUUUCCUCUUGUGUUAUUAUUCAGAUUUAGAUGUAUUCUAGCACGUUUAUUUCAAAUUUAUCUAACUUUAUUUUGUGCUGUCAGAUGUGGUAGCACUGACUUAAGUGAAACUCUCAUCCUGUUUCUCAGCAAGUAUUUAUCAAGCUACCUACAGCUUUCCUAAAUUUUGUUAAAUAAAGAAUGCUUUUGUGUUUUGAAACACUAGAAUAGCUUCUAAAAUUAGGAAAGCCAAUUGAGUGUCUCAGGGGGAUGUGGAAAUUUGAAAAAAACCCAGACAGUUCUUUUUUAGCACUUGUGGGUUGUUGAAUAUGUUGUUUGCAGGCACAGUGGAAGAAAGAUCAAAAAAUAGUUCUCUUAAGUUUGGACAAAAGCAUGUUGUUCCUUCAGCCAGGUCAGUAGAUCCUUGCACAUUCUGCUGCAGAACAGUUUGGUGUCAGUAUAUCAAUUUAUGUGUUUUUGCUUAAUUAAUAUAUUUAUUCCCUUAGAAGUUUAAAAAAAACCCAAACCACAAAAGCCCAGAAAACCCACACCAAAACCAACCAAACAAAAACCCUCUCUAGAUCCUGUAGCCUCUAAAAGAAAAGCACUGUGUUUUCCUAGUUGGUGUGUUGCUGAAUACUUGUAUUCAAGUGUUGCAGACCUGGGCUCAACAGAAGAGAGUUCUAGAAGAAGUCUGACCCAAAAGGCAUCUUUGCUGGGUUUUGAGCCAUCUGCUUCUCUGGAAUCUUUGCUCUGAACAGGGUUUUCUUUUUCUAGAGCCUCCCUGCUGUGCCAGGCAAACUCAGUCUUGUACCUUUACCACACCCUGGUCAUUAGCAAAGCAGCCGAGUCUGCUGCACAGGGGCAGUGUAUGUUGCCCUUUGAAGGGGUUGUGAGAAGACAAGCUUGGAGUUGUUUCUAAAAACGGCCUCUUCCUUGUGAUGAAAGAAAUUGCUGCUUUGUAGCUUUUCAUUUUUAUUUCAAACUUAUAAAAGUUAAAUUCCCUGGUUGUGCAAAUACCUAUUUGAAAAAAUAAAUAUUGAUAGUGA